CCUAAUAUUAAACUUUUAUCUCUGUUGCGUAGUUCCGCAUUUUAGUUAUAAACACACAUUUUGAGCCGAGCCUAUUCAGUCCAGAUGCGCUUAGUAUAUACGUGCUAAAAAUAAACAAAAUAAUAUGGGUGGCAUGGAUUUUUCGCUACCGAAAUAUUUGCCAGGUGUAUAGUUAGAAAUUACAACAGACCGAGACGCCACUUUUUGGUGUAACUAUGUUUGUACAUUGAACAGCUUUUACUUUUUUGUAAGAUAGUCGCAACAUUCGGCAAGUUUUAUAGAUUUUACGUUUAGAAAUGCAAAAAAAGUUAACAAAAAUCUUUUAUAAAUUUAAAAUCCAUUUAAAAAUGUAUUCGGUUUCUUAGAUCACCAACUCAGAUAAACUUUGAGAAGAUAUCUGCCAUUAAGCUGCUGUAUAUAUCAACCUGCCAAGUUUCAAGUCCUUUAAACCUUGUGAACAUAGUUACAAGAAGUUCUGGUAUGGCUAUACUGGAAAAAUGUCCGCCGGCCUGCUUAGAAAGAUUGGGUUUAACUGGUGCUGAUGCUGUAAGUAAAAACCCAAAAUGCCAAGUUGUCCGACCAAAACAACGAACUGGAAGAAAAACUCCCUCCCCCAAUAAAGAAAUCCGAAACUCGCAACCAAACUCCCCUCUAACCCCGUUCUGGGCUUCCCACCAACAGUUCACAUGCCAUGUCCCUAUUUCACCAAACCAUGGAUUAUUCAACAGUGGAUCUUACGCAGGGGCGCGCUUCCAUAGCCCCCCAACCGCUGACGCUUUGCCCAAACCCCCCCAACAUUGGGUUAAUGUCCCAUCGUGCGCUCAACAAAUGCAAAGCCAGCAACUAAGCGAGCUUUCAACGCGCUUAAAGGGAAUGCUUAAAGUUCCUUCAUAAACGAAACAUUGUUGCCAAGCCCCCUAUUUUUUAUGUAUAUGUUCGUGUUUUAUACAUCUUCAUGUACUGUUUUAAGGACAAACCUACACGACCACUCUCUAAUGGAUUUAUCAAGACUAUCAAGAUUUUAUGGAAGAUUUUCCAUUUUUUAAAAUCGAAGUUAACUAAAUUACUGCUUUACUGUGAAUUAGGUCUAAAAACAACAAACAAGAAAUAAUUGACUCACCGAAAAGAUUUGAUCCGAUUACAUGAAGCUACUUUGGCAUUUAGAGCAACUUUGAAACUUUACAAAUGCUCUAACGUUGCUGCUACACUGUGGAAGCAAGUUAUAUGACAAGAUUUCAAUUUUAUAUCACGUUCUACCAAGAAUUGGACAAUCUGAAACUCUCAAGAGAAAAGACUUGAAAUGCUUAUGAAGCUCACGCUCCGUGCUCUUCUAAAGAUAUUUUCGUUUCAUUUUUUCUUUUUUUUUCACAUUUUAUAAACCCUUGUUCCACUUACCCUUUUACCCCAUCUACCCCUAAUGACCCCCCUACCCCUUACCCUACAAUACACCCCCUGAAAUAAACCAAAACCCCCAAACCAUCUAUCCCCUCGGCCCCUAUGGGGCCAC